AUGGAAACUUCUACUUCACUGGCUACUGUUAAUAACCAUGUUCCGGUCACCGCCACCUUCGACGAUAACACUAAAACCUCAAAGUUUCGUAUUUCGUUACCAGACUUUGACAAACUCUUCCCAUCUCCGGUUGAGUUCGACUUGCCUGCCGAUAUAUUAACCGAGGAAGCAAUUGCCUUGCGGUCAACACGCGUAUUCACCCGAUCACAAAAACCUGGCGCAAAGUCUCGUAUCUAUAACGAUUCGACAAGCGAAGAAGAAGAAGAAUACUAUAGUCAUCAUAAAACGAGAUCGUCGUCGUCGCCGUUUACCACUUGGCAAAAUAAACCUUACUCUUCACGUCUCCAAGAAAAAUAUUCUUUACUUCACAACACUAAUAGCAAUCGACCAACCCGAAAGGGCACAAAGCAACAAAAGCUCAACGCCAGACAGAUUGCCUCGUUCCCUGAGCGUCCACCAAUCACCGAAAAGUGGGAUGCCAAAAGCUUUGCAUACACUCCUUUCACCAAAACUGUGUCGCCGUCUGUGCUCAUGAAAGGGCCAUUCAGGCUGAACGCACGUGAUAUAGAACAAAAGUUUAUGCAGAAUUGUUUUUCCGCUCACGUGGCCGCUAUCAUUUCCGCGGCAAAUUAUCUUGAUAAAAAAGAAGGAAAUGAAGGGGACGGAAGUAGUGUCGUUGAAUAA